AUGCGUCCGGUAGCUGAGGAACUUACAAUCUCCCAAGGAGUGAAACCCACAGGCGCCGCCUCCGUCGAUAGAAGAAAAUCUCGACUGAGCAAAGACCGCUCGUUGUCGAUGAUGAUGAUGUCACCACCGGAAGAGAACGAAAUGCAAAACGUUUCUGCUGCACCAGCCCCUUUUGAACUGCUUUCAUCGUUACCCGGGGAGAAUUAUCAUCGUUCAAACACUAUGAUAUCAGACACUUUACAAGGUCUGAACAUCACGCCCAUGUUUGAAAUCACCGACGGUUUGACAACGGAUUUUGGGGACAGCUUGGGUCAACGGUCAGCUUGUUCAACGAAACCGGAACCUAUGUGGACCGGCUCAUCCGGUGAGAAUGUGAGACAGUGUACAACCAACUCGAUGGAUGAAGAACUGGAGCGAACAGGAGCUUUCAAAGAAAAGUGCUGCCGUCGAAGACGCCAUAAGAAAAAUCGCAGCUGGAAUGGAACAACGCAUCAUUUAAACAGCUUGGCCUCGAUCGCUGAACGAGUCAUGACUCAUCAUGUGACUCAGAUGAAAAUCGAAACACAGUGCACUAAUGUGGAUUUAGAUCAUUUCAACGAAUAG